AUGGCUGAAGAAUUCUACAACACGUUUUACAAUGCAUUUACAUCUGAAACAAUAACUGAAGCAACAACCGUGACAAAGACUGUUUCAAAUGUGAUUUCUGAGAGUUUGAAGUACGAUAGUGUGUACGGAAAUCAUCAACGGCCACCGAAACUAAUGAAUAUAGAAGAUUGUCAUUGGUGGAGUACUAGAUUUGAAAACUGGGUGAAAGCUUAUGCUUAUGAGAGUUGGAUUUUGCUAACUUUUGGAUAUGAAAAGCCAGUGAAUGAUAAAAAUGAAUUACGUACAAAUAAACAAUUUUCAAAGAUCGAUAAAUAUAAUCACUCUAAUGAACUAAAAAUGGUAACAUUAUUGCAACAAUUUGUUAGAGAGGAUAUCUUGUUUUUACUUCAACAUGGUGAAACAUCCAAGUCGAUGUGGGAAGCAUUGAAGCUGAAAGUUGAAGGCGGUAAAGACAUCAAGAAAAACAAAAUCUCUCUGCUGAAAAGGGAAUUUGAGUUGUUCGAUUUUAUGAAAGGAGACACUGUCCGAAAAAUGAUAGAAAGAUUUUUUCAUUUGAAAAUCGAGUUAGAAAGGUUUGGAAUCAAUAAGGACAGAGAAGAGAUUAUUGAUAAAUUGAUCGAGGUAUUGCCACAUGUUGAAGAUUGGAAAACAUUUGUGAUAGUGUUGAAAAAUGAUGCUAAGUUUGAUGAGAGUACUUUGGAUGGUUUGAUUGAGAAACUUCAGAGUCAUGAUUUAGAGUUACAGAAACAAAACAAAAUGGCUAAUUCAAGGUAUCAGCAGAAUGUUGAUUUGUAUUACCGGAGAAGUAUGCUGCUAAAAAAUCAGUCACCAAAGUUAGGUACAACGUUUAGUACUGACAACGCUGGUGAAUCUUCAAAGAGAAAAUCUCCGAGUUAUGAUUCCGGAUAUCAUUCAUCUUCUACAUCAUCUAAAUCCAGUUCUAGCCAGAACUGGAAAGAUUCUCUAAAUUUAAAUCUGAAUACUGAUUUUGCUAGACAGCACAUGUGUUUCUUAGCUUCCGUUCUGGAAUCUUAUGAAGGUCUGAUCGCAGGCAGGAUAGGCAAUCCAAACAUGACAAAGGAAGAUUACGAUCAUUGCAAACAAAAUGGGCACUUCAAAAGAGAAUGUUCCAAUAACAAAGCAGAUGACAGUGUGAAUCCUUUUCACGAAGAUUACUACAAGAAAGCCAUCUAUCAUCGGAACAACGAGCAACCAUCAAGAACAAAUCAAAAGCAAAUUGAGGAAGGGUCAUCAAAAGAGAGGAAGCAGGCUUGUGUGACGAUUCAGGAUGAUGAGGGGUUUAAUUGGAGAAACCCAGCAGUUGAUCCUGAAAAGGUAGAUUUUGAAGCACUUGUUGUUGCUAUUCCAACUGUGGGAGUUUGGAUUAAAGGGCUUGAAGAAAUUCCUAACUACAGACAAAAAGUAGAGGAGGGCGUAAAGAAGGUGAUAUAUGCAAGUGUUGAAAAGAAGAAAAAGACGGUAGAGGAAAUUGUUGGUGAAAGCCAGAAGAUGGUGGAUGAGGUGAAGAAAACUGAUGUGAAAGCAAAGGAAGUUGUUGCUGAGAAACAUCAAGUGAUUGAAGAAGAUAAGAAUCAAAAGGCGAAAGAAGCCACGGUGCCAGAAACUAAGAAAGAAUAUGAUGGAAUGAAAUUGUCAUAUCAUACUGUGAAAGAAGCUUAUGAAAAUUUGAAGAGUAAAGUUAGAAGUUUAGAUGAUAGAUUGUCGGCUUGUCAAAAGACAACUAAAUUUCUUGAAGCUAGAUAUGAAGGAAAAUAA